CACCAGCAGCCGCGCCGCCACGGGCUACGCGGCCGCGCUGGCCGACGCGUCGCUCCGCGCGGGCACGCUGCCCGGGGCCGCCCGCCACGCGCGCGCCCUGCUCCGGCGCCUCCAGGAGCCUCCCCGCGGGCAGCGCCUGGAGGAGCCCGACGCGCGGGUGGGCGCGCUGGUGCGGCUGCUCGUCGGCAAGGGCAGGGCCGGCAUGGUCGCCGACGUCUUGGCCGAGUUCGCCGCCCUCUGCGACCACCUGCUCGCCCCGCCGCCGUCCUCGACCUCCAGCAAGCGCGCCCACGCCCACGCCCACUAGCGCCUGAUGCACGUACGUGCCAUGCUAGCUUUUCGGUUUGCACUUGAGGAGUACGUAGCGCCGGCCCAACUGCUUGCUACAGCACUAGUCUAUAUUUUUAUGAUUGUAUGAUUAACUGUGAGCACUAUCCAUGCGCGUACGCACAGCAUCACAAGUCUUCUGUCCCAACUGCUCGCCACCAUGAUCAUAUUUUGUAGUCCAUGGAACCCAGAUGUUUCUAGCCUUGUUUCUUCGCCA